GCGCAGGCGCGUUGGCGCUCUGGUCGUGUGCCGGGGCGCCGGGCUUCGCUGCGCAGGCGUGGGCGCCGCCGCUGGCGUAGUCCCCAUGGAGCUGCAGUAGCGGACCCUGCGCAGCCAGGAGCGUUCGGGAUGAGCUCAGCUGCGGCGGACCACUGGGCGUGGUUGUUGGUGCUCAGUUUUGUGUUUGGGUGCAAUGUUCUUAGGAUCCUCCUCCCGUCCUUCUCAUCCUUCGUAAGUGGUUGCCAGGCCUCCCAAGGGCCGGUGGAGACGCCGCCCGAGUCCUCCGACUGGUCUGGCAGGCAUUGGAGCAGCCCCCGGCUAGGAUUUCCCAGAAGCCUGGCGGGCGAUGUCAGCUGUUUCAGGUCCCGGAGAGAUGGAUCCUCGCGUCCAGAAGGCCACAUUCUUGGGAUGUCCAGGAUGCUGCAGAAGGACGCCGAGCAGGAGUCCCAGAUGAGAGCAGAGAUCCAGGACAUGAAGCAGGAGCUCUCCACGGUCAACAUGAUGGACGAGUUUGCCAGAUACGCCAGGCUGGAAAGAAAGAUCAACAAGAUGACGGAUAAGCUCAAAACCCACGUGAAAGCUCGGACAGCUCAAUUAGCCAAGAUAAAAUGGGUGAUAAGUGUGGCUUUCUACGUACUGCAGGCUGCCCUGAUGAUCUCACUCAUUUGGAAGUACUAUUCUGUUCCUGUGGCCGUUGUGCCGAGUAAAUGGAUAACCCCUCUAGACCGCCUGGUAGCCUUCCCUACUAGAGUAGCAGGUGGUGUUGGAAUUACCUGUUGGAUUUUAGUCUGUAACAAAGUUGUGGCUAUUGUGCUUCAUCCGUUCAGCUGAACAGGAAGAUGGAUACAGCUACGAGGCUUUUAAAAAUGGAUUUUCUCUUAUUACGUUAACAAUCUGAUUUAUACUUUUUUUUUUUAAGAAACAAAAGUACACAGUUUAGAUUUUUUUUUGUUGAAUAUGUUUGUUCUUGGACUUUAUGAGAGAUUCUUGUAAGAAUCAGGAUUUUCUACACUUGUCAUUGAGCCAAGAAAGUCCAGUUUAUAACACAUUUAUACCAACGAACGCCGUCCUGGACCCGUAUGAAAUGUGAAACGUUCGGGGGUGUCUCCGUGCUGCUGCCCGUGAUUUGCACUCUUGUAUAUUUUGGUCAUAUUGCCAGCCGGAAAGUCAAUAUUUUCUAACAACUUAAGUUCUGUGAAGACUUAGCACCGCUUUUCAUCAGUUUAGAAAGUAACUUAAUUUUAAUACCACUGCUAAGAAUUUGAGAAUUUCUUCUUUAAUCACUUUCAGUACAACUAAAAGAAAACACUAAUUGACAUUGCCUGGGCUUUUUCUUCCUCUGUUUAAAAUGUCAUUUGAGCAAGAGCUGUAUACUAUUAUCUACUUACUUGAGGCUGUUAGUUUUUCAUUACAGUGUUUUGUAAACGUAUCCAUGAGACCAUAAUGCAUUGUUUUGUGCUCAAAUUGUGUUUUGUAUUUAAAGCAUUUUGAAUGAAGUGUAUUUUGUAAGCAUUUAAUAUUUAUGCUCUUUAGAAUGGAACAUAGGAAACAGAGCUUAUGAGGCCUGAUUAAAUUAUUCUGAACCAAUAACCUGUGUGGCCCACAAAGUAUAAUUCUGCUAAUGUAUUUUAAAACACUUUUCUAAUUAAAGUCUUGGCAAAUGCUCAUGUGACUUCCUGCCUUACAGUCACUGUUUGCUGAGUGCCUGUUAACUGAGUAACCAUAUCACAGUAAAGCUGAAUUCUGUCACGA